AUGCUGGGGCAAGUUUUUGUGGCUCCCAAGCACUCGUCAGAUUCAGAAGUUCAUGAAGAACUUGACUCUUCAGCCAGUAUUUCCCUGAAUGAUUAUUCAAGCAAUCAGAAGAGAACAGUUAAAGCUGUCUCAGGCAAACUUGGUUUAUUUCAAUAUGAGGACAAGCAACAAAAAGGGAAACCUUCUUUUACAGUGUCUUACCUCAUAAAUUCUUGUGAGUUGUCCCCAAAAUCAGCUAUUUUAGCUUCCAAGAAUUUAGACCUUGAAAACCCGGAUAGACAAGAUUCAGUGUGUAACCUACUCAAAGAGAAUGGAUUCGCCGAUAUCCAAGUCACUAAAAUUGUACAAAGACGCCCACAAUUGCUUUUAGUUGAUCCUGGCAAAAUCCUUUUGUCCAAAAUUGAGAUUUUUCGUUCUAUAGGUGUUUCAAGCUCUAAACUCCAGAAAAUCAUCACCAAGUCCCUUGGACUACUACGAAGAAGCUUAAAUCAACAUCUUAUACCCUGCUAUAAUUUUCUAAAGAGCGUACUUCUUGAAGAUGAUAAAGUCAUCACUACUUUAAAGCGCUUGUCACGGUCCUUUCUAAAUAGUGUAGUGGAUAAUAUGGUUCCAAAUAUUGAACUUUUGAGAGAGAUUGGAGUGGCUCAAUCUACCAUCUCUCUGCUAGUGAGUGAUUAUCCGGAUAUGGCAUUCAUGAAGCAUAGUAGGUAUGAUGUGGCUCUCCAGGAGGUGAAAGAAAUGGGAUUUGAUCCUUCAAAAUCAGCGUUUGUCAUUGCACUUCAAGUGCUUUUAAAAGUGAAGAAACCAAAAUGGGAAUCUAAAUUGGAGGUUUAUAAGAGGUGGGAUUGGUCCACGAAUGUUGCUUUCUUAGUGUUUAAAAGGGCUCCCCAAUGUAUGCUUGUAUCAGAAGAGAAGAUUUGCAAAGCAAUGGACUUCCUCGUAAAUCAAAUGGGUUUCUCUUUUGAAGAUAUUGCUAGAAAUCCUACUGUUAUACUAUUAAGCUUGAAGAAGAGGAUUAUCCCUAGAUGUUCAGUUGUUAAAAUUUUGCAAGCCUAUGGUUUUCUCAAGACUCAUAUAAGCUCAUCGACUUUCUUUCUACCUACUGAAAAGCGCUUUCUUGACAAGUUCGUGAUCAAAUUUCUGGAUCAUGCUUCUUUACUGAUGAAUGUGUAUCGGGCUCAGAUUGAACUUCUUGAUGUAGAAAUCCAAUCUACUAAGGUAAGGACUGAACGGUUGUAA